AUGGGAAAAUCGAACUCUAAAUCCACUUUUGAAUCCAAAAAUUCAUUACUGGUGCAUUCUUUGCUUACAAAUCAGACAAAAAUUUCGGACCUAUGGGAAUUAGAUUCUUUGGGAAUUAAGGACCCAAGUGAAAAGAAAACGAAACUUGAGUUGCAAGAUCUUACUUUAAAACAUUUGGAGAAUACGGUCUCGCAAAAUGAAGAUGGUAGAUAUUAUGUAUACAUUCCUUGGAUCGAUGGACAUGAUAAACUUAGUGAUAAUUUUCAACUAGCCGAAAGAAGGUUGAAAAAUACUGUAAGAUCUCUAAAAGGUAAUGGUAGACUAUUAGAUUAUGGGCAAGUGUUUUUUGAAUGGGAAAAUGAGGGGAUUAUUGAAAGGGUUAAUGAAAAUGAUCAUGACAAAAAUAAGAAAAUUCAUUACCUACCACACAGACCUGUCUUCAAAGAAAACUCUACAACCAAAAUCCGCCCUGUAAUUGAUGGGUCCGCUCGUCAUGGACACUUUUGUUCUCUGAACUCUUGCAUUGAACCAGGACCUAAUUUAAUUGAACUAAUACCUGCAAUCUUGAAUAGGUUUCGUUUAAGAAAGAUAGGAGUAAUAUCGGAUAUUCGUAAAGCAUUCUUUCAAAUCGCUUUACACGAAAACGAUAGGAACUUUCUACGUUUUUUGUGGUGGGAAGGUGGCGAUCAUGAAAAGGUUAUUAUUUAUAGACAUUGUCAAGUAGUCUUUGGAGUAUCGUGCAGUCCCUUCCUGCUAGCUGCAGUAUUAAAUUUUCAUCUAAAACGGGCACCUGAACAUGUGAAAGCUGCAGCUGAAAAGCUACUAGACUCUAUGUACGUUGACAAUUGCGUAACGAGUGUGGAAACAUUCGAAGAAUACUUGUCUUUUCAACGAGACUCUAGAGAAUUGUUGGCAUUAGGAAAUUUCGACUUACGUGGUUGGAGACAUAGUAACAUGCAUUCACCUAUUUUGGAGGAAAGCAUUGAUCAACAUGCUCUCUAUUCGCCCGAGGUACAAGUUCUUGGUCUUUUGUGGAAUGUGGAAAGAGAUACUUUGUCCAUCUCUUUCAAAGAGCCCGUUCUUGAAGAAGGACCCGUUUCGAGAAGAAAAAUAGUUUCCAUUACUCAUCGAAUUUUUGACCCGAUUGGAGUCACCUGCCCUGUCACUCUAAUUCCCAAACUGAUUCUGCAAGAGUGCUGGAAGAUGGAAGCGUCUUGGGAUUCUCCAUUGCAAGAAGACAUCGAGAAAAAAUUUGAAAUUUGGCAGCGUCAACUUAAAGACUUGAAAGAAUUAGAAAUUUCACGGAGGCUGUCACACCUCGAUCUUAAAGACGCCAGCUUGUCACUAGAGGUCUUUUGCGACGCUUCAAAAUUGGCUUACGCUACGUGCGCAUUUCUUCGAGUUGAGAAAGAUGGCAAGGUGACCUGCCAAUUAAUCCAAGCACGAUCAAAGGUUGCUCCUUUGAAAGGUAUUUCUAUCCCAAGAUUGGAACUUUUAUCUUGCAUGAUCGGAGCAAGAGUGGAGGAGACAAGAAAACUAUCUUCUGUGGAAAAUUGGAGACAUGUACCUGGUAUUUCUAACCCAGCUGAUCUCCCAUCGAGAGGAUGUACAGUGAGGACCCUCAUCAAAAGUCAUUGGUGGGAAGGACCUGAUUGGAUCAAAAGGUCGAAAGAAGAUUGGCCAAAAUCUGCUCAUUUUCCAAAUAUGGAAGUGGUUAAUUCAGAAAAGAAGAAGACUAUUGUAACCGCUUCUGUUUUACAACUUGAGGAAAAGUAUUAUCAUCGAUUUUCAUCGUAUGUUAAAAUUGUCCGAAUUACAGCUUGGCUUUUAAGGUUUCUUAAGAAUCUGAAGAAUGGGAGAAAUCGAAGAACAGUAGGUCCAUUGAAUUAUGAUGAAAUCAAGAAGGCUGAACGUAUUUUGCUGAAACAAGUGCAGUUAGAAGCCUUUUAUGAUGAGAACGACAAAAGGUUAAAAUCUUUACAAGUUAUCAAAGACUCUGAGGUAAUUCUAAGAGUGAAAACCAGAAUAUUUUUCAGGGAAGACCAUAGAGAUUUUCGUCUACCCAUAAUUCUUCCUUCCGAUCAUCCUGUUGUCAUGACUCUCAUAAUGUAUAAACACGAACAUCAUGGACAUUCUGGAGUUCAAAUACUUAUGUACCAUCUUAGGGAAAAUUACUGGAUUUUGAAGUCAAGAAAAGCUAUUAAAAAAGCUAUAAAGUCCUGCAUCAUUUGCAAUAGAUUUGAUGCAAAACCGGUUUCUGUUCAGGAGGGCAUAUUGCCUCAAGACCGUGUGAGAGAUGCUGAAACUUUCGAAAUCGUAGGAUUAGAUCUAGCUGGACCUGUCAUCCUUAAAGAAGAAACGCUUGGAUUUUGA